AUGACACAAGCAACCGAAGCACCAUUCAGACAACGAGAGAAGCUUUUUGAGAAGCAAAAGUAUUUCCAGAAUAUGCGCAAGCAUACUCACUUGAAAGGGCCCUAUGACAAGAUUACGUCUGUUGCAAUUCCACUUGCUUUUACUGCGGCUUCACUUUUUAUGAUUGGACGAGGGAUCUAUAAUAUGUCUCAUGGAAUAGGAAAGAAGGAAUGA